UAGUAAGUCUGUAGUGACUAGUUACUAGUGAUUAGUCAAGUUAGAUCUUGAGCUACAGAAGAAAAUUCUAGAUGCUAGAUGGGUCUAGACAUUCUAGAAAUCUCCAUUAGGAUAAAUUAUAUUUUAUAUUAGAUUUUAGAUGGGUCUAGAUUACUAUAGAUCUAGAUAGAAUCUGUAAAAUACUAUUAAAAUGUUAAUUGAGGCAUCUUGUUUUCUUGAUUCAACAAAUACUGAUUUAUUGAUAAGACUUGAGUCAAUUGAAUUCAGGUUCCACUUACUUUACCACUAGAUCUAUUACUUUUUACUACUUUUCAUAUUUAAUAAAAAAAAAAUAUAGAUUUUAUGUUAUGCAUAGGCAUAGGCUAGAUUUAUCUAUAAUGUAAUUUAUUUAUUUUAACUAGAUCUAUUGCCUGUCUUUCUAAGUAAGAUUUAAUUAACUCUAAACCAAGACACUGGCCCAGUUACAGAGUAGCUGCAUAUUGGCAAUACUGUUUUGGAAGUAGCUUAAUAUUUGUUUAAAUUUUCAACAAAUAUCAAUCAUAUUAAAAUAAAAGCAUUCUCCCCUCCUCCCAGCUAAACUAAACUCAGUAAUAUAAAUAUAAUAGUCUUGGAGACCAAAGUAAUAUAAAUAUAAUAGUCUUGGAGACCAAAGUAAUAUAAAUAUAAUAGUCUUGGAGACCAAAGUAAUAUAAAUAUAAUAGUCUUGGAGACCAAAGUAAUAUAAAUAUAAUAGUCUUGGAGACCAAUUGUAUCUCUGCAACUUUUCAGAUGUACACUUUGUAGGCAAUUUAAUUUGGUGCCCAGACUAGUAAGAAAAAAAGUAUUUUCCCUGUGAUAUAUAUAUAUAUAUAUUUUUUUUGUUAUAUUUUAAUUGACUCAGUUUCUAUCAGUUGAUAUAUAUAUAUAUAUAUAUAUCAUUGCCAUUGCAUUGGAUUUAAAAUAUUUAAUCAAGCUGCAGCUUUUCUUAAAUCUCUUGUGAAUCUGAGAGAAUGGGAGAUAUUGUUAAAAGUGGAUAUGUUAAACGGUUCAGCAAGAGUUUUCUGAAUGGUGGCUGGAACAAGUCUUUCUUAGAACUUCAUAGAGACUCAACAUUGAAUGUCUAUAAAAAACAAGGAGACUCCAAAUGUCAGGGAUCAAUUUUCAUGAAGGAUGUGUGUAAAUACUUUGCUUAUGGGGAGUUCACUGCUGGAAUGCCAGAUAGGCCUGAGUUACCUUCAGGUGCGACAUAUGACUGCAUUAUGGGUAUUCCCCAAAAGCCAAGCAGUAAAGCCAAAAUACACUGGUUUUUAUUUUCCAGUACCAAUGAGCUCCAUGAGUGGAUGAGAGCAAUAUGCAGUGUGCUACCACCACCACCACAGAAAGACAAUGAGCCACAACAUGUUCAGCAUCAGCAACAGCCUGCUGCAUCAGCACCCCCUCCUCCCAGUGCAGGCCCACCACUAGGGUUUGAGAACCUCUCAUUGGGUGCACCUCCAUCAUAUGCCACCCCUCCUUCCCCCCAGUACAGACCUCCAUCUUCACCGCACCAGCCUCACUACCCACAGCAGCAGUAUUAUGCACCCCCUCCUGGAGCCUACGCACCUCCUCCACAAGCUUAUUACCAGCAGCCUGGAUACUAUCCUACCCCUCCGCAGAAUGCUGGCUACCCACAACAACAAUACUAUCAACAACCUGCAGUUCGUCAAUCAUAUCCAGGCUAUUACCCAGCAGCACCUCGGUAUUACGGUUAUCCAGGUGGCUACCAAGUCCCACCCCAGCAAUCUUACGUUUAUCAGCAGCCUGUUGUUUACCAGACAAAAAAGAAAAGUUUUCCUGGUGGAAAUGCUGGGAAAUUAGCUGCAGGUCUAGCAGGUGGUGCCUUGUUGGGCUAUGGAGCUUCCCGCAUGCUAGGAGGAGGCUGGGGACUUGGCCGCUGGGGCAGUUGGAGUUCUCUCAGCUCCUUCGGUAGCUUUGGCAGUUGUGGAAGUUUUGGAAGCUUUGGCAGUUUUGACUAAACAUGUUUUGACAAGUUCUUUUGCUUAAGUCCUAAAAUAAUUAGAUGUAAAUAUUUAUUUUUGUAUAAAAGAUUGGUGUUCUCUUACAUAGACCUAUCUGUGUAGAUCUUACAUUUUAGAAAA